GCGUAUUAAUUAAUCCCUGGAAAACACGCGUAAAAGAAACAAAAAUGAAAAGUCUUUGUGGAUGUCAUCCGCUGCUUUUACCGCUAGAGGGCUUUAAACAGCAACUCCAGAAAACGGAAGUGAGGAGCGUCUUCUUCGUUGGAGAACGGCCCGUGUAACUUUGAGUCAUCCAGACGAAGGCGUUUUGCUGUGGAGCCAUUCAGCUAUCGGAUGAUGCUGGAGUAGAAGACUGAAUUAUUCCAAUCCACAUACAGCCCUCAGCUUCUUUACCAGCCUAUUUGAAUGUUUGUCAGGUCACGUCAGCCCCUGUAAUACACAUGAGUGCUAUUUUCUCCUUGAGCUGGGCCGAGCGCCAUGCCUGACCGGGACAGUUCCUACCUGUCAAGUGGUGGUGGGGGCGGUGGUGUUUUGUGCGAGGAAGGAGGACCCGUGUCUGGUUUGGCAGGGGGUCCGGCAGAGGGUAGAGGGGGGUCAGGAGGAAACGUUGGGGGAAACGUCUCAACCGGGGGCAUGGGAGGAGGCGGGGCACUCGGAAACGGCAGUAGUUGUGGCAACGGCGGCGCUGGGGGUCAAGGCGCAGGGCUGGCAUUAGAUGGUGUUUGCAGGGACUUCAUACGCAACGUCUGCAAGAGAGGGAAGCGCUGCCGCUUUAGACACCCAGAUUUUAACGAGGUACCUGAUUUGGGUGUGCAAAAGAAUGAAUUUAUCUUUUGUCAUGAUCAUCAAAAUAAGGAGUGCAUGCGUUCAAACUGCCGCUUUGUCCAUGGAUCUAAGGAGGAUGAGGACUAUUACAAGAAAACUGGAGAGCUACCCCUCAGCUUGAGAGGGAAAGUUGCAGCUCGAUUGGGUCUGUCCCCUAUGGAUCUUCCCAAUAGCCGUGGGGAGGUCCCCAUCUGUAGGGACUUCCUGAAGGGAGAGUGCCAAAGGGGCAACAAAUGUAAAUUUCGGCACGUGCAACGGGACUAUGAUUAUGAACCUCCCCGUGCAGGAGUGGGUGGAGUUAUUGGCUCAGGUGCUGCUGGAAUGGUGACUCCUGGGGGAGGGAUAGGUGGUGGAGGAGCUGGCGGCUGUGGAGGAAUUCAAGGACUUGUGGGAGGAGGAAGUAAUAUGAUUGGAAUGGGCUGCCCCAGUUUGAGCGGAUGCCGAGAACCUGGCAUACCGGGAGUUGGGGGUGUAAGUGGAGGAGGGAUAAGUGGUUGUCUGUCCAUGGGUUCUUCAGCACAAAGACGUUUUGACAGGAGCUCGUGUUCCGUGUAUGACCCCCUGCUCGAGAGCGGGCUGUUCGAGGCUGGUUCUCUGGAGGCCUCCAUGGACAGCACCGCUCUCCAAAUAAAGAGGCGGCGGUUGGAGGGGCUGCGCUUGGCAGAUGGUAGUGGAAGUGCUCCCUAUGAGCUGGGAGUUCAAGCCACCUUACCACCUCGCCCCCUGGAGUACAGGUUCCUGGAGGAAGAAAACUCCCUGCUGAGGAAAAGAGUGGAAGAAUUAAAGAAGCAGGUUACAAAUCUCAUUGCAACAAAUGAGGUUCUUCUGGAGCAGAACGCCCAGUUCAGAAGCCAGGCCAAGGUGAUGACGCUGUCUUCAACUCCUACACCCACCGAGCAGAGUCUUGCGCCCCCCGUGGGUGCCGUGAGUUCCUACAAUCACAGCAUUGCCCAAACUCACACCACCCUCAGCAGCGCAGGACUGCAGCCUCGGCCCGUCACUCAGCAGGACCUUGUCGCGCCCACUGGCGCCCCUGCGGCUCCACCAUCUAAUGCAGCCCCGCCCACAGCUCCUCCGCCCCACCUCAACCCUGAGAUCACCCCCCUCUCGGCUGCCCUUGCACAGACCAUCGCACAAGGGAUGGCGCCUCCUGUUUCUAUGGCACCAGUGGCUGUGUCUGUGGCACCUGUGGCCGUGAGCAUGACUCAGCCCAUGCCUGGCAUCACCAUGAGUCACGCCACCACCCCCAUGGUGUCGUACCCGAUUGCAAGUCAAAGCAUGAGGAUCACCACUCUGCCUCACUAACUGAUUUAUGAUCUGGACUGUAAGUUAGAUUGUUGCUCCCUCUGUGGGGAUUUCAAAAUGGAUGGCAAGAGCUAGUUCAGACGUUUCUCCACCAGAGGGCAAGAAAAUGACUUCCAUGUGCAGCCUCCCUCCUACUGUGUUCUCUGGCAACAAAUGUUUUUUACAGACAGACUGACCUAUGAACUCUAGCAAAUGUCUGUGUACCAAAGGGGUGAUUUUAAAACAAAGGUAACAAACUGGGAACCUGUGCUGUCAUUCAUAGUGCUUGUACCAUUUUUACAAGAGUGGUGACUUAGACACUUUAGAAGCUAUGUGUUUUCUGUUCUGUUCUUUGUGGAUUGUUCUCAUGUAAACCAUCUUUGUUACUGCACAUUUAAAAAAAAUGCCAACAACAACCAA